AUGGAAGUAAAUUUAUUCAGCAAUUCUACUAUUGUAAACAGUUCAUCCAUCAACCAUAAGCAGUUAGAAGGGCAUAGCCUCUGGGAGGUCAUUACUAUUGCCACUGUAACAGCAAUUGUAAGCUUAAUAACCAUAGUGGGAAAUAUUCUUGUAAUGAUAUCCUUCAAGGUUAACAGCCAGCUCAAAACUGUCAACAAUUAUUACUUGCUCAGCCUCGCCUGUGCAGAUCUCAUCAUUGGAAUAUUUUCUAUGAACCUUUAUACAUCUUACAUACUCAUAGGCCAUUGGUCUCUUGGAAGCCUUGCCUGCGACCUGUGGCUAGCCCUGGACUAUGUAGCUAGCAACGCCUCAGUAAUGAACCUCCUAGUCAUCAGUUUUGACAGGUAUUUUUCCAUCACAAGGCCUUUAACUUACAGGGCCAAGCGCACACCCAAAAGAGCUGGUAUCAUGAUUGGUCUGGCUUGGCUAAUUUCCUUCAUUUUGUGGGCACCCGUAAUCUUGUGCUGGCAGUAUUUUGUGGGCGAACGAACAGUACCACCUGAAGAGUGCCAGAUACAGUUUUUAUAUGAGCCCAUUAUCACCUUUGGUACUGCAAUUGCUGCUUUUUACAUUCCAGUGUCCGUGAUGACCAUUCUGUAUUGCCGCAUCUAUAAAGAGACGGAGAAACGUACCAAGGACCUUGCUGAACUUCAGGGUUCGGAGUCUGUGGCAGAGUUUGAGAUGAUAAAGCCUCAGAAGGCUUUCCUGAAGUCUUGCUUCGGUUGCAAGCAACAAAACACAGUCAAAAGAGAGAGGUGUCAGGCUUCCUGGUCUUCAUCUAGCCGAAGUACGUCAGCUACGGUGAAAGCCUCUCAGGCAGCAAGUACCUGUAACGACUGGGCUAAGGCUGACCAGUUAACCACCUGCAGCAGCUACGCAUCUUCAGAAGAGGAGGAUAAACUUGCCACUGAUUCUGUUUUCCAAGUAACUUACAAAAGUCCAUCUAAAGGUAAGGCAGAAGAGUAUAAUGACAGUACGGAUGUUGUUGUCGUCAAAGACCAGCCGGAAGAAAAUGAUUUUGAGAACCAGAAAUACUUUUUGUCACCUGCCAAAGGCCACGUACAAAAAAGUAAAAAAUGUGUAGCCUAUAAAUUCCGGUUGGUGGUUAAGGCUGAUGGCAGCCAGGAAGCCAACAAUGGUUGCCGUAAAGUAAAAAUAACUCCUUGUUCUGCUGCUCUAUCAAAGGAUCCUUCCAUCAAAAGCAUGGAUCCAAAUAUAAAUAACCAAAUCACCAAAAGGAAACGUAUGGUUCUUAUAAAGGAACGCAAAGCAGCACAGACUUUAAGUGCCAUUCUUUUGGCUUUUAUCAUCACGUGGACUCCCUACAAUAUCAUGGUUUUGAUCUCCACAUUCUGCUCUGACUGCAUUCCCCUGACACUGUGGCACCUUGGAUACUGGCUGUGCUAUGUGAACAGCACUGUUAACCCCAUUUGUUAUGCCCUCUGUAACAAAACUUUCAGGAAAACUUUUAAGAUGCUGCUUUUCUGCCAGUGGAAAAAGAAAAAAGUGGAAGAAAAACUAUACUGGCAGGGCAAUACCAGACUGCCAUAG